CGCAGGCCGUACAGCAUGUGCUGCUGCCAGCCCUGGGAGCCCAGGUUGGUGCCGCUGAGGCCGCCGUCAGCAUGGCAGCAGCAGCGGCAGGAGCAGCGGCAGGAGCAGCAGGGGAUGGUGUUGGGUGGAUGUUCUGGUCGCAAAAGGAGGCGAGGCGAGGCGGGCGGCGAGGUAGGAGAGGAGGAGGAGGGCGGCUGUGGAGCUGCGAUGGAUGAUGGAAAGGAGGGAGGGCGUUUGACGAGUGGGGAAGCUGAGGAGGAAGAAGAAGAAGAAGACGAGGAGGAGGAGGAAGUGGUCAAGGUCAGCUGCGGCGGACGACACAGCCUGGCGCUGACCGCCUCGGGCCGACUGUACGGCUGGGGCAGUAACAGCCGCGGACAACUGGGGCCUGCAGCUGCAGCUGCUGCUGCUGCUGAUGAUGCAAGGACUUACAAGGCUGAGGCUGCUACUGCUACUGCUACCGCAGCUUCGGGUCUUCGAGGCAGCAGCAGUAGCGUUGUCGGUGCUGGUAGCAGAAAAGGAGGAGGAGGUGUUGACGACGUUGCAGGCGGCAGCAGCACGAGCGGUAACCGUCACAACGACCACCACCAGCAUCACCACCACGAACCCCUGCUGCUGCUUCCCCUGCCGCCAUGGGUGCUGCGGUCGUCAUUUGCAUGCAUCGACCUGCUGCCGCUUGACUCGUGUGCAGUGGCGUUGUAUGAACUCAUUAAGGAGGAAGACGAGGAGGAAAAGGUGAAGGAGGAGGAGGAGGAUGCGGUGCGUGUGGGGGACGGCUGCGGAGGCGGCGGUGGGUUGGUAGGCGGCCGCUGCGUGGUAGGUGGCCAGCGGUGGG